UGUGAGGACGUUUUAUGAUCUAGUCUACGAGCGAGGCGCUCUCUUAACUCUCGCCAGUAGAAACGGGGAACGUCGCGUUGUUUUUCCACGCACUCGCGUUCCCUACGACGCGCGUCGACAGGAACGACGAUCGCUACAGAAUAUCGUCGAUUAACUGAGAAGUCGAAAACCGCGGCGUGCGCGGGCACGCGACGUACACACGAGGAACGAUCGUUGCGAAACGGAGCACGACUCGUCUUGUUUACUUCUGCUGCGAGCCGCUCGUCGAUGCGACGGGUCAUCCCGUGUGUUAGUGCGUGACAUUUCUCCCCCUCCCUUCCCAACCGGGGAACCGAAGGCAUUUAACAUCGUGCUGGCUGGAAAGAAUUUCGCGUGGAACGUUUCCCAGUGGCGUGUGCUCCUGUGAUGACCGAGCAUUCCCAUCGGCCAGCUGAUCGCUGAUUCCGGCAGUGUUGCAUCGAUUCGAUGGACUGCGUAGAGACAGAUCUCCGUUGGAGUAUCGCACAGGCCAGCGAGAGGAAUCUGUGUCGCACGACGACGGGACGGUUUUCGUGCGGGCUCGUUGCCCUUUUUUCGCUCGCGCAAGUCUAAUCGCCGACACCUGCGACGACCGCGGGAAUUUUAUCGCGGCGGUUCGCGGCGCUGCUGCGUGGUGUUGUUGUGCGCGAGCUUAAAGUUCGCGGCGGUGCGCGAGACAAGGAUAGAGUGCGCGUUGUGUGUACGCGCGUCGAGCCAACGGAAAGGAGACAGAACGCGCGAGCGUCAGACGGAGAAGAGGUUAGAAACGAUAGAACACUGAGAAAGUUCGUGGGUGAAACGUGCUAUCGGGACGAAUUCGAGGCGUUUUUUGGUUCUCCACGGUUUCCGCUAUCGCCUCGUGGCUCGGGCGUAGAGGGACAGAGGAUCGCGGAGGGAAAAGCGAGAAAGGAACGUUAGACUUUUUUGUUUUUUUUUUGUGAUCGACGGUGGUUUUUGGAGCGCGCGGGUGGUGCGCCAGCGAGAGAGAAUACGAGGGCACGAGCGAGACAGAGGAUCGGGGGAAGAACGGAGACGCGGCGGAAAAGAGACAGAGAUACCAUUGCCGCUCCACGAGGAGAAGAAAGACACGCGCGUCGGGACUGAAUAUGUCCGCCAAGCGAAAGGCCACUGCCAUCAUGCAGCACCACAAGCCUGGCUCGGUCGCGUGGGACACCCUGUAUAGUAAGACAUCAUUCGUGAGACAAACCUUGAACACAAUCCCAAACUACGAAGACAAACCGAAGAGAAACAAAUUACAGGAAAACAUCUCAACGCCGGAACCAGCCGACAUAUCGGAGGACGAUCACUACUCGAGCGCGCUCAUGAAAGACGCGGAUAAGCUGAAGCUGAUGCUGCUCGCGUGGAAUUAUAAUCUUCAACAGCAGGCUCAGGCUCAGGCUCAGGCCCAGGCCCAGGUACAGGCUCAGGCGGCCAACGCGGCCCUCUCGCCAAAUAACUCCUCGACAACCACGGCCACCACCGUUGGCACACCUGUCACCAGUCAAUCGGCUAUUUCCACGGCAAACAACACCAUUAACAACUCCACACUUACAGACUCACGGAACGGCUCCUCGGAUUUGGUGGACAUGCCUGCUGGUACCGUUCCUAAUUUGGGCGCCGUGGCCGGGGUCGGUAGCGAGGACAUGGCAUCCUUGUGGGCAUCCUACGCCAUGGGACUGAAGAAGACGCCGCCGCCUGGGUCGUCGGCGACGCCCUCCCGAUCGGAUCGCGACCGCGAGUCCAGUCCACCGGGGGGCGAGGGGACGGGGAGUGCUCACGACGAGACCAGCAGCAGUGGUAAUAAAGAGGACGAGGACGAUGAUGACGAGGAUGCCGACGAGAGGCUGGAUCCCAGACAUCAUGACCCGGAGCGUCUGAAGGCUUUCAACAUGUUCGUCAGGCUGUUCGUCGACGAGAACCUGGACCGCAUAGUGCCCAUCUCGAAGCAGCCCAAAGAGAAGAUACAGGCGAUCAUCGACAGCUGCACCAGGCAGUUCCCGGAGUUCGCCGAGAGGGCCAGGAAGAGGAUCAGAACGUACCUGAAGAGCUGUCGAAGGAACAAACGCGGCAGGGAGGGUGCACCUUGGGACGCGGCGAGGCCCACUCCGGCACACUUGACCUCCGUGCAGGCUGAGCAAAUUUUGGCAACAGCCUGCGAAAAUGAGAGCGACAACGCGAAACGCAUGAGAGUCGGUCUGGAGCCUGUCUCACAGCCUAUGCCAACUCUUCCGGCCGCAACGCAAACGGACGUCCGGUCAAGUUUGGAGCAUUUCUCGAGUACACCGGUGAAAUCACUUCCGGGCAAAAGGGAGGAUACACCACCGACAUCGCUAACGUCCCUGGCGCCGUUAACCAGUUUGGCGAACUUACCGAGCAGCACCCUCUCUUCUACGCCCCUAUCUCUAGCACCAGCGUCGAAGCUGCUCACACCAGCGGACAACAAGGGUCUCAUGAGCCAGGCGACGAUAGUCAGCUCGUCGGCCGUUAAUGGUGUUGCCAGCGGCGGUGCACCCACAGCGAUGUACAGACCGAACUUCAGCCAGGCGUUCCAGCGUGCAGGACCAACGACAGUGCCGCCAACCCUGUCGGCAGGACUGUACCCGACGCAGAGCUUCACGUCGGGCCUUCUGAGCAACGGUACACAAAGACCGACGGACUUGAGCAUGAAGAACACGAAGCCUCUUCUGAGCCACAAACUGAACGCGACGGAAAUGACCGCCGUCAGGCAACUGAUCACCGGUUAUCGAGAGUCCGCCGCGUUUCUCUUGAGGUCCGCCGACGAACUCGAGCAACUGUUGCUCCAGCAACCAUAGAGCUACGUUUACGUAGCCAGUGGCCAGCAGCUUGGCUCGUAAGCCCUUCCGGGCGAUGAGCAGACGCCGUGAAACGCGACCACGGCGGCUACCCGAUCCUAGGACCCGGAGACUUCAACGUUAACGCGAACGAAGCUCGCUCAAUCUCCGCGGCGUCGAUGUUACCGACGAUUGGUAACAAGUUUCUAUUAUUCUCCAGCUGGGAAAUGCAUCCCCGAGACAACGUCGGUCCGCGAAACCAGUGGACGCCCGCGAACCCAAUGAAACUUAUCCCGCGAAAAAGGAAGCUGGAGUUUUCUACAACGCGUGGUUCUUCUCUCGGGCGGCCGCGAGGGGGCGGAGAGGUGUAUCCCCCGUAACGAUUCGCGCGGGAAUUUUGAAUCGCUGGCCACCGCCAAGGGUGGAUUUCGUCUUAGAACAGAGUUCCCACGCGUCACGAAUCGCUAGAACGCGUUCUUAGAAGAUAGGUUUAAGGAAAACUAUUCAAACAGGGUGUACAUAAAGAGGAUUUACAGAUAUUUACUUAACUACCGAUAAGCUUAAGCUUAACAAACGAGACGGCGUGUGUGGCGUGCGUGCGAGUGUGCGUGUGGAGAGGCUUUGACGGAGAGCGGCCCGGCGGGAGAUUUUGAACGUUGCUCAAAAAUAUUUGGCACCUUCUAGCGGAUCCUGCGAGCCACGCGAGUAAACCGAUCGCAACGACCACGUAUAUGUUCAAAGUAAACGUUUCUGUCUGGGGGGGGUUUUUUUUUUCUACUCAAGCUUGCGGGUUCGAGUAACCGUGCGUCGUGAUCGUUUUCCCCGACGAUGUACAUACGGCUGAUCGUGAAACACGAAUCUUCGUUCCCUGUCAGUUGACGGGGACGAUUUGAAAACGCGACGAAGAACACUGCGGUCACACGUGUACAUAGGAACAUACGUACGCAUACGUUCGCGCAUAGACAUGUGUAUAUAAAUAGGUCGCAGGACAAGAUGGCUUUUUUUUCUACUGGCGACGCGUCAGUGAGGAAACGAUGGGUUAAUUGAUAAUUAAUUGUACACUGGCUGAACCAACGUGGGUCGGUACAGAGCAUAAUGUACUUGAACCGUGCAGGUUGCGUCGAUGAUCGUGGCUGAACGCGGACGUUCGGUGACUCGAAACAAAAUGGCGGAGUGUUUGAGGAGCAGAGCUUUGGGAACUAUCUAGACUGAGGUCUCAGUUCGAUGGAGGAUCUUGUUGAAAUGAGUUCUUGUUUUUGUUUGUUUUAUGUAUUUAUGCGGGUUAAGUAAUUUGUAGAAGAAAAAGAAAGGUUAUGUUUAAGUAGAACGUUUGUACAGAGAUGUAUAAAUGAGCUACUAAUUUAUAUGAAUUUUUUUUGUUAAAGAACAAAGUUUUUAUCUUAAUUUGUUGGUCGAUAUAAUGGUUUCUUAGCUCUUAAAGGCGGGGACAGCAUUUUCUAGAAUUAUUUUAUACGUAACGUUGCGAGUUCAAACUGUGUAUUUUUGUUUUCAGUUUUUAUGAUACCUUUUUGAGUAUGUAUGUUAUUAUAAAUUUAUUACAGACCCUGGCACGUGUGUAGUAAUUUUCUUUAAUGCAGUGUAUGCUUUGAACCGUGUACAAAUGAAUUGCGUUAAAUGGAUAAAUUGAACGAGGUGUCAUGAAAUAGAAAAUCAUUGCUGUUACAUAUAUUGAUUUUAAUUUUAAGUUUUUCGUUAAAACCCUCGAUCCAAUAAAUGAAGUUUUGUCGAUCAGUUUGCUCGCGUGUCGAAGCAAUUCUCAAAGCUCUUUUCCCAGAAACCAAGCACAGCAAGAAUGCAAAAUUUCUUUUUAAAGAAUGGGUUGUAGCCCCACAAUCCUCGACGCAAGUUGUACACAUUUAUCGGGACCAUCUUGUCACGAUCUGACAAUACGUUAAAACCGUAUUUGUGGUCUCCGGACGCAUCACUGUGUUACCAAAGAACACUGAUUAUUAUUAUUAUACGAUAAUAUACGUAGCGCUAUAUAUACACGCGUUUAUUUCUUCCUCUCUUCUUUUAUUUUUCCUUUUUAGCGAUUUCUUCUUUUUUUUUUUUAAGGUGAUACUGUCAUUCGCAUUGGACCAAGGAGUCAUUCUAACCCGUUUUAACCUGUACGAGAAAAUAUAAGCACACGACAGGGGUCGCGCCACACCGAUAUCUUCCGCCAUAGAUCAAUUUCAUCGAUUUGUAUUAAUUACGUGCCGCCGUAAUUGUAAUAAUUAUCGCGUCUUAUUAUCGCUAUUACCAUUUAUAUUAUAUUAUAUCAUAUUAUUGUCGCUACGAUUAUUGGUUCCCACGAACCGUAGAGGAAGAAGGGUUGUCGCCCCUCUCGUGGAGACUAAUUUUUCGCGAUGCAGCGUCGCGCGUUAAUUCUAUUCUGUCGUUGUUUUGUACAUAGUUUAUACACGUCGUCGUAUCACGUUACGGAGCAAAGGAAACGAAAGAAAACUGCGGAUACACGAGUUUCUUUUGACGAGAUAUGAAGAGAGAAUAUAUAUAUAUAUACAUAUACAUAUAUAUAUAUAUUAUUAUUAUUAUUAUUAUAUGCAGCAUGGCCGGUUUGAGUGUAUACAUGCAAUUAUUUCACCGAUUAUAGCAGAUACCAAUAAACGUUGUUCAUAUAAAAAUUGUUGACUUGGUGUGGGGAAAAAUAUAACAUUGGAUUGGAGCUUCUUGUGAGAUUAUUACUUGCAGAAAUUUCAACGUUACCUAUUUUCGAAUGGAUAUCCUGUUGCGUUGUAAGAUGCAUUCAACGAGGUAAAUAAAUUUAUUAGAUAUCUUUUUUCCAUUUUUUAUCCAAACUUAACAGCCAAAUAAACUCUUCUAAUCCUUUUCGAUGGUUACGAUUCCGUACGUUGCGAAACUGUAAACACAAAUGUAGGUCAGUUGCGUUGUUUUUACAUAAUAAGUUGGUACAGUGACUCAGUUCGAUAAUUGUCACCAGUAUUUAUAGACUUAUCUAAAGAACGAUUUACGAUUGAUUACCAAAAAUGACUGAAACGAACAAUGAGAUACGCGCAAUCGAAGUAUGCAGUUCCAUUUAAAGUAAUUUACGCGAUAUUUAAAUCUUUGACGUAACUCUCGAAACAAGUAUUAUACUUGGCAUGAUGUUACAGGAUGAACAAUUUUUAUACCAUCGACGUUUAUUGUAUUCUCAGUAUUCGAUGAUUAAUUUCGUGCGUAUGGUCGAACCGGACACACUGUAUAUGUAUAUAUAUCGUAUCGUAUUGUGUGUAUAUACUGUAUGCGAUUGUAAAAUAUGUUCACGCGGAUGAUCGAUGGCCGUGGUCGCCACGACCGAGCUCGAGUACACAGAGAAACAUUCCACCAUUAUGGGAGGGAGGACGGUUAGGAAAAAGAAAGGGUUGACGAACAGCUAUACGACUGUUUUAGAAACGAACGACUUCUCACCUGGCCCCCCAUUGCACGAAGUCAUGCUUCCUUUUUCCUUUUCCGUUUCGCCACCGUUUUCACCGUUCGAGGUCGCGUACCGUACUUGUCUCUCGAUCAAUGAAAGUAACCGUGAAAAGCGUAUCCCGUCGGUCGACGAUCGCUUCGUUCAGAUAUCUUUAGCGAUGGGCGUAUUAAUUAACUUCCAAGCAUUUCGAAUCGCACAAAAAUAUGAAUCCAUACGAGCUACGUCCAAAACCACAGAAAUCUUCAAGUCCUCCAGAGCCUUUACAGUCUCGAACACUUGAAAGAUUCGAGUCUUAAAUGUCUGGACCAUUUGGAAGGCAUUCGAAUGGUCUUAAAUGCCUCGAAAUUCUGAAAACCCCAGAAAGUCUCCAGUGUCUUAAACGCCCUAAGUAUUUUAAAACUCCCCUAGACAUUUAUCCUUAUUAAAUGAGGCUGACGAAAUUGCUCCUUACACUAGACAAUAUUUCACUAAUGUUUUGAAAAACAAUUCUGAGUUGAAAAGGGAAAAGGGAUACUAUCAGAAAUACACUCUCAGAAAUAGAUUCAAACAGUCCCAAACAGUCUCGAACAACCUCAAACGAUCUCAAACACGAGUGAUACCGACCAAUAUUAAUCAGUGAGUUCGUGGCUGUUCCCAGGACGAUUAUCCUUUUUAGAUAGACGUGUCCAUUGUUAAACUUUCGAAAACAAACAUCGACCAACGGAGACUCGUAGUUUUGGCGGCGCGGUUCGAUGCGUUUGAAAGUGUUUGGAGGGCCCCCGUCACUGAACGUCUCGUUCGUGGAAUCUGGAUUGCCGUGUAUGCUGCCGCUGUCUAGUUAAUCGAUCGAAUAUCGUGAUUCGGUAUAGUGCAAUAGUCUUUACACACUUGGUACUCUUUCCUCUUCUCUCUAUUUCUCUCUAUUUCUCUGCGCGUAUAAAGUAGUCUUCGCUUCGCGGCACCGUGGAACGCCUCCUUUCAUUCGAACGUCUCCUCUUCGCGAAUGUAAUAAUCAUUAGGAUCGUCGUAUCUUACAGACUAGUUGUACCGCAUUAGAUGUAUCUCUGAGACUUGUACACAUGUUCCGUGUGUAAUGGAACCGCGUGCACCUGCACAAACACACCACAAGAAUUCUGUUUCGCAUCACGGUUUCCGAAGUCAGUCGCGUACGAACAGAACGGUUCGAACACGGGCCCGCCCGGACAAACUUGGACCAGUUUGGCGAAGUUCGAACGAUCGUUUCGCCGAAAAUUUUCAGAAUAACAGCGUUUCGAGGUAUAAUUUUGUUCGGAGUCGAUCGGUUCGGAUUAAUUUUGGUUCGAAACGCGUUGAUAUACAAACUUCCCAAACGCCAUCGGUUUGAUUUAGUUGAGAGUAGACAUUAGUUACGAAACGUUCGAUUCGAACCAGUUCGCGACUGGCUGAACCCUCCGCAGUUUAACCUGACGAUGAUCAUUGAAAGAGAAAUCAAACACAGUGGAAGCCACUUCAAGGUGAAUCGGAACGACAAUUUUCGAGAGUCGACCGGAUCGUUCCUACGAGAAUCGAGCAUCGACUCCACGAUACGCUGACAAUAGAUCGAAAGGAAAAGGGAAAGACGAAAAAGGUGACGAGAAACUCCGAAGGAUGAAACACACGAAUACACAUGUAUUUCAUUUUCAUUUUUCGUACAUAUACACGUACAGAUUAAUAACUAUAUACAUACAAUUGUAUAUGUAUUUAUAUUUUUUUUUUUUUUUUUUUUUCGUUCGAUCGUCCACAAACGCGUGGAGACACCUUCGAAAACGUGUCCGUAUCUUGUUUGUCUACACGGGGUGCAGUUCUAACACCGUUCAAUGUAAUCGCGAAUUGAUGUAUAUUGAUUAAAGAUAUAAAUAUAAAAAAAAAAAAAGAGAAAAGAAUAUGUAUUUGUUCCUGAGAAAGAAAUAA